AUUUUUGGGUGGAGAAUUUUUAUUUCCUUUGGACCCUUUUCCCUGUUAUGGUGGUGUACUUUGGAAUGGUUUGGACUUACUAGGGUUUUCAUUUUUUCUUUCCGCUUCUCAUCGAACCCUAAAAUCAGAGACUGGUUCGAACAUUAAUUUCCGGCCGAUUGAUCGAUCUGUAUCGCUGCUGAUCGUCUUCUCAGACCUAAAAUCUCAGGAACAGAAGACACAAAACAAAGAAAAACAGAAUUUUUUUGGGUGUAAUCGAUAAAACUUGGUGAGAUCGGCUCUUAGAUCAGCGGAAAAAUGCAUGAAAACCGAAAUUCACCUCAGAUGAAAUCAAAGCAAAUCUAAAGCAUCCUUGACGUUCCCCAUAUUUUUUUUUUCCGAUGGGCAACAAAACCCUAUCUGGACUCCUGAAAGAAUCUGUAUUUCUCCUCUAAUGAUGAAACCAGGACUUCAUUUUUUACUGGACAACCGUUGAAAGGGAAAUCUCAGCAUCGAUUUGUUUAAUCCAAGCAGGACUUUUGAUUUUGGAGCAGUUAUUCUUUCUGGGUCUGCCUUAAAAUGUUCAAAUCGGUGGUUUAUCAGGGCAAUUCUCUACUCGGAGAAGCAGAGAUUUACCCUCAGAACCAGAAAAUCGACAUGAUGAACAAGGAAAUCAGAAUCGCUCACUUCUCACAGCCGAGUGAGAGGUGUCCACCACUCGCAGUUCUUCACACUAUCGCCCCCUGUGGCAUUUGCCUCAAAAUGGAGUCGAAGGCGCUGUCGGGAGAUUCGCCGUUGUUGUCUUUGCACACCUCUUGUUUCAGAGAGAACAAGACUGCAGUUAUGCCUCUUGGGGAAGAGGAGCUCCAUUUGGUGGCCAUGUCUUCAAAGAAUAAAGAUGAACAGUAUUCAUGUUUUUGGGGUUUCAAGGUUGCACCUGGACUUUAUAAUUCUUGCCUCGUCAUGCUGAACCUUAGAUGUUUGGGCAUUGUAUUUGAUCUCGAUGAGACACUAAUAGUUGCAAAUACAAUGCGCUCAUUUGAGGACCGUAUUGAUGCCUUACAGCGGAAAAUAAACACAGAGGUGGACCCACAACGCAUUUCUGGUAUGUUAGCAGAGGUCAAGCGGUAUCAAGAUGACAAGAUAAUUUUGAAGCAGUAUGCUGAAAAUGAUCAGGUUAUUGAUAAUGGGAAGGUAAUUAAAGUUCAAUCCGAGGUUGUUCCAGCUUUGUCCGACAACCAUCCGUCAAUUGUUCGGCCACUUAUAAGGCUGCAGGAUAAGAAUAUUAUUCUGACUCGCAUCAAUCCAGUGAUUCGUGAUACAAGUGUACUUGUAAGGCUGAGACCUGCAUGGGAGGAUCUCCGAAGCUACUUAACUGCAAGAGGUCGCAAACGUUUUGAGGUUUAUGUCUGCACAAUGGCUGAAAGAGAUUAUGCCCUAGAAAUGUGGAGGCUUCUUGAUCCAGAAUCAAAUUUAAUAAACUCGAUAGAACUGUUGAAUCGCAUAGUCUGUGUCAAGUCUGGUUUAAGGAAGUCUCUGCUCAAUGUGUUUCAAGAUGGAAUCUGCCAUCCUAGAAUGGCAUUGGUGAUUGAUGAUCGCUUGAAAGUGUGGAAUGAGAAAGAUCAACCUCGGGUGCACGUUGUUCCUGCAUUUGCUCCAUACUAUGCUCCUCAAGCUGAAGCAAACAAUGCAGUUCCAGUCCUAUGUGUUGCAAGAAAUGUUGCUUGUAAUGUUAGAGGUGGUUUUUUCAAAGAGUUUGAUGAGGGUCUUCUACAAAAGAUUCUUGAUGUUCGCUAUGAAGAUGACAUGACAGAUAUUCCUUCUGCUCCUGAUGUGAGCAACUAUUUGAUCUCAGAGGAUGAUGCUUCUGCUUCAAAUGGAAACAAAGAUCCCCUUUGUUUUGAGGGAAUGUCCGAUGUUGAAGUUGAAAGAAGACUAAAGGAUGCAAUUCAAGCAUCUUCCCUGGACCCAAGGCUUGCCCCUUCCCAACAUGCAGUGACGUCUUCAUCUGUUUCAAUUUCACAGCCAAUUUCUCAAGGACCAAUUUCUUUAACUAAUAAGCAGUUUGCUCAAGCAGCCUCAUUGGUUCAUGUGGGCCUUUCAGAAUCUACAUUGCAAAGUUCUCCUGCUAGAGAAGAAGGCGAGGUCCCAGAAUCAGAAUUAGAUCCUGAUACAAGGAGGAGACUUCUUAUAUUGCAGCAUGGGCAAGACACAAGAGACCAUACCUCAAGUGAACCGGCAUUUCCAAUAAGACCUUCUCUACAAGUUUCAGUCCCACCUGUCCAAUCACGUGGAAGCUGGUUUCCAUUGGAAGAAGAGAUGAGCCCUAGACAACUGAACCGAGCAGUACCCAAGGAAUUUUCUUUAGAAUCAGAAGCAAUGCAUUUUGAUAAGCGGAGAUCUCAUCAUCCUUCUUUCAUACAUGGAGUGGAGGGUUCUAUUUCUUCUGAUAGAACUCUUAAUGAAAACCAAAGAUUGCCUAAAGAGGGACAUAAUGGAGAUGAAAAGUUGAGGUUAAACCGAUCAGUAUCAAGUUUUCAAUCAUUAUUAGGUGAAGAGGUGCCUUUGGGUAGAUCUCCUUCUGCCAAGAGGGAUCUUCAUUUUGAUUCUGGACGUGGUACACCACCAUAUUCAGAAAGUCCUGCAGUGGCCCUACAAGAAAUUGCAACAAAAUGUGGAAGCAAGGUGGAGUUCAGACCUGCUUUGGUUGCUAGCACAGAACUGCAAUUCUCCAUUGAGGUCUGGUUUACUGGGGAAAAAAUUGGUGAAGGAAUUGGUAAGACAAGGAAGGAGGCUCAGCAGCAGGCUGCCGAGAGCUCUCUUAGGAAUUUGGCCAAUAAAUAUCUCUCACAUGUCAAGCCUGACCCUAGCUUGGUACAUGGGGAUUUGAACAAGCUUCCGCAUACAAAUGAGAAUGGCUUUGUAGAUGAUACAAAUUCUUCUGGGUAUCUGCCAUUCUCCAAGGAAGAAUCUAUUGCAUUUUCAACUACAUCAGAGCCAUCCAGGAUUCUAGACCCAAGGACAGACGGAUCUAAAAAAUCUAUGGGAUCUGUUGCUGCCCUUAAAGAAUUAUGUGUGAUGGAGGGGUUUAAUCUAGUUUUUCAACCUCAGCCUCCACUUUCAAUAAGUUCAAUGCAGAAAGGCGAAGCAUAUGCUCAGGUCGAAAUUGGAGGCCAAGUCUUUGGGAAGGGAAUUGGGUCAACAUGGGAUGAAGCUAAACUGCAGGCUGCUGAAGAGGCCCUUACGAGUCUGAAAUCAAUGCUUGGUCAGUAUACUCAGAAACGUCCAGGCUCUCCAAGAUCAUCACAAUCAACCCCAAGUAAACGAUUGAAGCCAGAGUUAUCACGAGUAUUGCAGCGGAUACCUUCUGCAAGAUAUGCGAAGAACACCCCUCCUGUUCCUUGACAACAAGCGCACCAUCUUUUUUUUGUUAGCAAUACAUUGCAGAAAGCUCAGGACGGUCAAGAUCGAUUUCCAGAGCUGUUAUCAACUACCAACCUGCAAUUACUUUUGAGACAUGGUUCCAAGUACUGAUUGGAAUGGUGCUGAUUUUGUUCGCCUUGUCAAGUCUUUGCAAAGCAACGGGAUGGAGACGUGGAGUUUCAAAUCGGACAUUUCUGUGUUUACUGCAGUUCUGAGUUGUACAUUUUUUUUCUCAGGAUCUUGGCAUCAAUUGUUUUUGUGGGGUUGGGUGGAGAUGGUAUUUUAACAGUUGAGAUGUUAGCUUUUCUCCUCAGGCUCAGGAAGUGCUGGCCGCUCAGUGUAAAAUAUGAUUGAGUUGCAGAUCCCCAAUCCUUUUUUGUGCAGGUCUUGACAUAUAUCUCAAAUGCCAUGGGGUCAGUCUGGCAGAGAGCUGACUUGGGUUAAGAUUUUCAAUUUUACUGAAUAUGAUGUGUAUUUCAUGAAAGAAAGGAUGGAAUGCCAUUUGA